ACGCCUCAACCCAGCCAAUCAGAAUGCACUGCACCUGUGACCAAGCUCCCCCUCCACCCCACCCCCACUGCCCCACGAGUCAGUCUCAGACUGUUUUUCUCCCAGUGAGGCCAGUGCGGCUGCGCACAGUGCCCUGAUUGGUCGAGAGCUGCAGGCCUUCGCGCGCAGGCGCCUGCCUCGGUUACUAAGGGCGGGAGCCCGGCUAGGGCGCCGGCGGCUUGUGGUGUCUCUGGCCCACGUCGUCGAAUCCUGGCCUCGCUCACCAUGCCAAACCGCAGGGCCAGCCGUAAUGCCUACUAUUUCUUUGUGCAGGAGAAGAUCCCCGAACUACGGAGGCGAGGGCUGCCUGUGGCUCGCGUAGCUGAUGCCAUCCCCUACUGCUCUGCUGACUGGGUGAAACCUGUUUCCACUCCACUGAGGUGGCCAGGCAUGCUUGUACCAAGGCAGAAUGUUUCACCCCCGGAUAUGUCAAAUUUGUCUCUAAAAAGUGAUCAAGCUCUCCUUGGAGGCAUUUUUUAUUUUUUGAACAUUUUUAGCCAUGGUGAGCUACCUCCUCAUUGUGAACAGCGCUUCCUCCCUUGUGAAAUAGGCUGUGUUAAAUAUUCUCUCCAAGAAGGUAUUAUGGCAGAUUUCCACAGUUUUAUAAAUCCUGGUGAAAUUCCACGAGGAUUUCGGUUUCAUUGUCAGGCUGCAAGUGAUUCUAGUCACAAGAUUCCUAUUUCAAACUUUGAAUCUGGGCAUGACCAAGCAACUGUGUUACAAAACCUUUAUAGGUUUAUUCACCCAAACGCAGGAAACUGGCCACCUAUCUACUGCAAGUCUGAUGACAGAGCCAGAGUCAACUGGUGUUUGAAGCAUAUGGCAAAGGCAUCAGAAAUCAGGCAAGAUCUAGAACUUCUCACUGUAGAAGAUCUUGUAGUGGGGAUCUACCAGCAAAAGUUUCUUAAGGAGCCCUCUAAAACCUGGGUUCGGAGCCUCCUAGAUGUGGCCAUGUGGGAUUAUUCUAGCAACACAAGGUGCAAGUGGCAUGAAGAAAACGAUAUUCUCUUCUGUGCUUUAGCUGUUUGCAAGAAAAUUGCGUACUGCAUCAGUAACUCUCUGGCCACUCUCUUUGGAAUCCAGCUCACAGAGACUCAUGUACCGCUUCAGGAUUAUGAGGCCAGCAAUAGUGUGACACCCAAAAUGGUUGUAUUGGAUGCAGGGCGUUACCAGAAGCUGAGGGUUGAGAGUCCAGGAUUUUCUCAUUUCAGCCCUUCUAAUCAGGAACAAAGACCAAACACACCCACUGGUGACUAUCCAUCUGGGGUGAGAAUUUCUGGCCAAAACAGCAGUGUUCGGGGAAGAGGGAUUACUCGCUUGCUAGAGAGCAUCUCCAAUUCCUCCAGCAAUAUCCACAAAUUCUCCAACUGUGAGACUGCACUCUCACCUUACAUGUCCCAGAAAGAUGGAUACAAAUCUUUCUCUUCCUUAUCUUAAUGAUGGUACUUUUUUCAAUUUCUGGAAAAAUAACAGGCCCAACUUCCCUUCUGACUACAGUCAUAUUAAACAGAUCACAUCAGUGAUAAAUGUCACCACUGUAAAAACUACUUAAUUUGUAAGGAAAUUCUGUUUCAUAGUAAAAAUAAUUGUGGUUGGAGAAGAUCUUGGCAUUUUUGCUUUUUUUUCUUUUUUGAGGGGUGGUUCUACUUCCUGACUGUAUGAUGUAAACACCAUUAAAGCUUUGAGUCCUUUAAGAACAAAACUGGCAUUUCAGAGUUGUGCUUUUGGGAAUAUUUUGAUAAUCUUUCCCUCUACAAUAAAGGUAUUGAAUAUCUGUUAGGAAAGG